AUGAAUCGGCCCAAAAAUAAAUAAAUAUGAGAAGCAUUGAUAUCGAAUGCCGAAGCAGAGACCUUCCUUCUUUAAUAUUCUCCACCUGCCCCCUAUAAGCCCCUAACCCUAUAUAAAUACACAACCCAGUCUAUUUAUUACACAAACAUUCUUCAAAUCCAAUAUUGACCAUUUCUUUCAUGCAAAUUACUCUCUCUCACUCCCCUUAACCAUUUUCAUAUCAUAUGCUCUUAAUCCUUUUCUACGUUUAAGAAUCGCCCGCUUUCCCAACUCUCCCAACUGCAGCAGAUUCAUCAAUUAAUUUUGAUAUAUCUGCAUAUAUGGGGUCAAAUUUCUUGAAACUUGUGUUUGUAGUGACGAUUUUAAGCUGUGCGAGUGGUGAGAAGGCGUCGGAGUUUGGAAACUUGAAGGUUCCGGCGUCAGAAUUUGUGGGAUCGGUGAGGUCCACCAUCGACAUAAUCCGGCAAGUGAUGUCCAUAGUGUCGCGGUUUUCCGGCGCAUUCGGCGAUUUCCGGCUGAGUAAUGCCGUCUCCGACUGCCUCGAUUUGAUGGAUCUCUCCGUGGACCAGUUGAGCUGGACCAUCUCUGCUUCACAGAAUCCCAAUGGCAAAGAUAAUGGCACCGGAAAUGUAAAGGCCGAUAUGAAAACAUGGUUGAGUGGAACGCUGAUCAAUCAAGAUACCUGCAAAGAAGGCUUUGAUGGCACAAACGGCAUUGUCCGAGAUUUGGUUGCCGGCAGCCUAGACCAAGUCACCUCAUUAGUCUACAACAUUCUUUCAAACAUUAAUCCCACUCCCACCACCCCUCCCCCGUCCGGCGCCGGCCGUGGCGGUAGGAAACUAAUUUCUACCCAAGACUUUCCCGAUUGGUUCAAACCCAACGACCGCCGCCUCCUCCAAGCCGCGACUGCGGACGUGGUGGUGGCCGCCGACGGCACCGGGAAAUUCACUAGCAUUAUGGAUGCUAUUGGUGCAGCCCCGGAGCAUAGUAGCAAGAGAUUUGUUAUAUACGUGAAGAAAGGUGUGUACAAGGAAUAUGUGGAGAUAAGUAAGAAGAAAUGGAAUAUAAUGAUGAUUGGAGAUGGGGUGAAUGCUACGGUUAUUUCGGGUAAUCGGAACUUCAUCGACGGCUGGACCACCUACCGCUCGGCCACAUUUGCUGUGAAAGGGCAAGGGUUCAUAGCACGGGACAUAACGUUCGAGAACACGGCCGGGCCGGAAAAGCACCAGGCCGUGGCCUUCCGGUCCGACUCGGACCUGUCGGUCCUAUACCGUUGCGCCAUCCACGGCUACCAAGACACUCUCUACGCCCACUCCCAACGCCAAUUCUACCGGGAAUGCCACAUCACGGGCACCGUGGACUUCAUAUUCGGCGACGGCGCGGUCGUGUUCCAGAACUGCCAAAUCCAGGCCCGAAAGGGCCUCCCCAACCAGAAGAACACGAUCACGGCCCAGGGGCGGAAGGAGCCCGUCGAGAACACGGGCUUCUCCAUCCAAUUCUGCAACAUCUCGGCCGAGGCGGAUGUGUUGAACUCGACGCAGACGUAUCUAGGCAGGCCGUGGAAGCUGUAUUCCCGCACGGUUGUGAUGCAAUCCUACAUCAGCGGCGCCGUGAGGCCCGAGGGCUGGCUCGAGUGGAACGGCGAUUUCGCGCUCGGCACGCUCUACUACGGCGAGUAUAUGAAUUACGGGCCGGGCUCUGGAUUGGGGGCCCGGGUUAAAUGGCCCGGCUACCACGCGUUUAAUACGUCGGCUCAAGCGAGUAAUUUUACAGUGUCUCAGUUCAUUAUAGGGAACACGUGGCUGCCUUCGACGGGUGUGAGGUACACUGCGGGAUUGGGAAAUUGAGAGCGACAUCUUCAACAGGGUAUCGGAGUAUAUACUGCUGAUUUGCAUAUAUAAUAUUAAUGGUGUUUUUUUGGCAUGAAAUGGUAUAAGAUGUAGCUAGCUAGAUAUUACCAUCCUUUAUUCUGUGUUGCUUGUAAUUUGAUAAUUUUUGGAAUUGUUUUUUCUGAUGGUUAUGCAUCCGGGUGGAGAUAUUAAAUUAUGAUAUUAUACUGGUUGUUUAUGUCUUA